UGCUGCACCAACAGUAGAAGGCAAAUUCACCCGCCUCACCUACCAACGCUCCCUAUCCCAAAUCCCCCUAAUCUUCUCCUUUCCUUUUCCCUCCCCGCUGGUUUUUUUUUUCGUACCAUGGGUUCCGAUGACCGGGGCCGCAAAAAGAGAAAAUGUGGAUCAGUGUGCUAUUCGAUUCCGGGGCGUAAUGUUGUCGGUGCUACGCGAUCAUACCGUGCCGUAGCAAUGGACGUGUGGACCAUGUGCGCGAUCGAUGCAACCGGUCGGUACAAACGGACGACGACGACGACGACGCCCGGAAGUCUACGAUGGAUGACGGUCGGCGUUGCUGUGCUCUUGCUACUGGCCACCAUCAGCAGUGUUGUGCAGUGUCAAACGUUUAUACGGCGAACGGCGAACGUUUGCCGUACGGACGAUGAAUGUCCGGUGCAGGCGUACUGCGAACGGUACAACUCGGUCCACGAGUAUGGCGUUUGUUCGUGCAUGGCCGGUUACUUCGCCGUGACAGACAGUAAUAACACGCGUCGAUGCUUAAGAGCGGCAACCGAUAUUGGGGACUACUGUCUACACAACGACCAGUGCCAGUAUACGCUGAGUACGGGCAAUUCGGAAUGCCGUGACAAUUCCUGCCAAUGCGUGGAUGGAGCGCACUACGUCGAGCGGGAGAAACGUUGCUACAAGACGAGCUUUCUGGGCGAAUACUGUCGGCUGACGAACAAUUGCAUCGGAAAUGAUACGUACUGUCGGGAUGGGAUCUGCGUGUGUACACCGGGCAAACAUCCGAAUACGGACCGUAACAGGUGUUUGCACGAUGCGAAACUCGGUGAUCAGUGUUAUCGGGAUGAGGAAUGCGUGACGGAUAAUUCGCGCUGUGCACAGGAGAUCUGUACGUGUCGCGUCAGUCACGUGCUGAACGAGAUGCGGAAUCGCUGUUUGCCCAUUGCGAGCAAAAUUUAUGAUCUCUGCGAGGAAAACAUUCAAUGUCUGUACAACAUUCCCCAUUCGCAGUGCCGCAUUACAACCGGAACGGAUGGCAUUACUGCGGGCCGGUGUACGUGCGCUAGCCGAUUCCACGAGGCAGGAUUUAAAUGUGUUUCUUCGGUACACUUGAACGGAAUCUGUGAGGUGAACGACAAUUGUAUCGAUCGGGACACGAGUUGCUAUCAUGGGCGCUGCCGCUGUAUCGAUCAUAUGAUCGAGGUAGAUGGAAUAUGCUCCGGUACAUCAGCAUUGCAACGCAGCAGCAUUGUGCUCGGUGGGGUAACACUUGCCGUACUGGGCAAAUGGUAUUACAUCAGCUGACCAUGGACACACGGCUGGGUGGCUUACAAAAUCGCGCACAUUACACCAAAACAUCAAACAAUCUCAUACGUACUUGUAGUGGUUAGCUUAAAAUACUCAACAGUGAAGGUAAAAACGAAGCUACAUUCAAAUCUUUUAGUUCGAUACUAAUUUAUAAAUGGAAAAAAGAAUCACCUCAUUCAUUCUCACCAAAUGGAAACCAAUGAACUGUGUUUACACUGCUAUGUCGCUUAAUUUUUGAAAAUGGUUUAUACAUUCGUAAUUGUACUUAAUAAGAAAUAAAAACACAUUGUUAUAAGUGAUGUUCAAAUGUA